GUUUCCAAACUUCAAAACAAAACCUCCGCUUCAGAUUUGAAGCCGUCGUCUCCGCCGCCGUCUUCUUCUUCUUUCUUCAUCUCCCGCCUCCUCUAAUCUUGCAUAUCAUAACUCGUGAGAAAAUCGUUUGCAAUGGGGUCAUACAAGGACGCAGACCCUGCCCUAGGGUACCUAACCAAGAAGGAUACGGAGGUCAAGCUACCGCGGCCGACUAGGGUUAAGAAUAAGACCCCAGCCCCUGUUCAAAUCACCGCCGAGCAAAUCCUCCGGGAGGCUCGUGAGCGGCAGGAGGCGGAAAUCCGGCCUCCCAAGCAGAAAAUCACAGACCCGUCUGAGCUUGCGGAUUAUCGUCUGCGGAAACGGAAGGAGUUUGAGGAUCUUAUCCGGCGUGUGCGGUGGAAUAUCAGUGUUUGGAUCAAGUAUGCGCAGUGGGAGGAGUCCCAGAAGGAUUUUAAGCGUGCGCGGUCAGUUUGGGAGCGUGCGCUUGAGGUGGAUUAUAGGAAUCACACGCUGUGGCUGAAGUAUGCGGAGGUGGAGAUGAAGAACAAGUUCAUUAACCAUGCUAGGAAUGUGUGGGACCGUGCUGUCCAGCUCUUGCCUAGAGUGGACCAGCUGUGGUACAAGUACAUUCACAUGGAGGAGAUGAUUGGGAAUGUGGCUGGUGCUCGACAAGUUUACGAGAGGUGGAUGACUUGGAUGCCAGACCAGCAGGGCUGGCUCUCCUUCAUCAAGUUUGAGCUUCGGUAUAAUGAAGUUGAGCGUGCUAGAGCCAUUUUCGAGCGGUUUGUACAAUGUCAUCCGAAGGUUGCAGCUUGGAUUCGGUUUGCAAAGUUUGAGAUGAAGAAUGGUGAUGUUGCGAGGGCGAGGAAUGUGUACGAGAGGGCAGUGGAGAAGUUAGCUGAUGAUGAGGAGGCCGAGGAGCUGUUUGUGGCUUUCGCUGAAUUUGAAGAGCGGUGCAAAGAGACUGAGCGAGCUCGGUGUAUCUAUAAAUUUGCACUGGAUCAUAUACCCAAAGGAAGAGCUGAGGAAUUGUAUAAGAAGUUUGUAUCUUUUGAGAAGCAAUAUGGGGAUAGAGAAGGGAUCGAGGAUGCCAUUGUGGGAAAGAGGAGGUUUCAGUAUGAGGAUGAGGUUAGGAAGAAUCCUCUUAACUAUGACUCCUGGUUUGAUUAUAUAAGGCUAGAAGAGAGCGCAGGGAAUAAGGACAGAAUCAGAGAGGUUUAUGAGCGAGCUGUGGCUAAUGUUCCCCCGGCUCCUGAGAAGCGGUAUUGGCAGCGAUAUAUUUAUCUGUGGAUUAAUUAUGCACUUUAUGAAGAACUUGAUGCUGGAGAUGUGGAACGUACACGAGAUGUCUACAGGGAGUGCCUAAAGUUGAUUCCUCAUGAGAAAUUUUCAUUUGCAAAAAUAUGGCUUCUUGCUGCUCAGUUUGAGAUACGGCAGCUAAAUCUCAAGGGCGCACGCCAGAUUCUUGGUAAUGCAAUUGGCAAGGCACCUAAAGAUAAGAUUUUCAAGAAAUAUAUUGAGAUUGAGCUGCAACUUGCAAAUAUAGAUCGUUGUCGGAAGUUAUAUGAAAAGUAUCUGGAGUGGGCACCACACAAUUGUUACGCAUGGAGCAAGUAUGCAGAAUUAGAGAAAUCCUUGGGUGAGACAGAACGAGCAAGGUCCCUUUUUGAACUCGCCAUCAGCCAAUUAGAACUUGACAUGCCUGAAUUGUUAUGGAAGGCAUACAUCGACUUUGAACUGUCAGAGUUUGACUUUGACAGAACUAGACAACUUUAUGAGAGACUCCUAGACCGAACAAAACAUCUAAAGGUGUGGAUCAGUUAUGCAAAAUUUGAGGCAUCUGCUAUGGUGGGGGGUAAUGAUGAGGAUUCAGAAUUUGCAGAAGCUCCUUCCGAGGAUGAUAUUAUUGAAGAGAAGAAACAAUGUAUCGAGCGUGCUAGAAGGGUUUUCGAGAAAGCUCUUAACUAUUUUAGAACUUCAGCACCCGAAUUGAAGGAAGAAAGAGGUAUGUUGUUAGAAGAAUGGUUUAAUAUGGAGGCUAGCUUUGGGGAUCUGGGUGAUAUCAGCCUUGUUCAAUCUAAGCUGCCAAAGAAACUGAAGAAGAGGAGGGCAAUUGAAACUGAAGACGGUCCUGCAGGGUAUGAGGAAUACAUUGAUUACCUGUUCCCUGAAGAAAGUCAGACGACAAAUCUCAAGAUUUUGGAAGCUGCCUACAAGUGGAAGAAGCAAAAACGUUCUUCUGAUGAGGAUUAAAAAGUCUUUGCAAUUUUUGUACUGUGCAAGUGUAAAUACAGAGAAGGUUAUCCUUUACCAAUGCUGAGAGAAAUGAUUUACCUUCCUCCUGAUAUGGUUGGUGAUAACUUGUUUUGAUCUUGUUCUGAUUCUAAUUCUAUUAAUAUGUUCUCACACCUUGUACUUUGGCUAGCUCCUUAUGCUUUGGAAAUGAUUUAUAG